AUGUCCACCUUCUCCUCUCUCCCUAGGUGGAUUGGUGGAAAAUUCUUGGGAAGGAAUCCUAAGAGCACAAUUAACAAUAUUGGUGAUAGCAGUGAAGAUUCUGGAGUAGUCGUAGUUGCAGACGACACUCCAGUGACCAGUGUGGUGGAGUGUUACGCUUGCACACAAGUAGGUGUGCCGGUGUUUCACUCCACCAGCUGUGACAGUGGUCACCAGCCAGAAUGGGAAGCAUCAGCCGGGUCUUAUCUAGUUCCAAUCCAAAACCGGCCCGGAAAAUUCGCAAGAGCGGUUGCACGGGCAAACUGGGGACCGUUAGGAACGGUUUUAGAUCCAAGGAGCAAGCGCGUGCAAGUAUGGAACCGCGCGUUGUUGUUGGCGCGUGGUGUGGCGUUGGCGAUUGAUCCGUUGUUUUUCUAUGCGCUGUCGAUUGGGAGAGAGGGUUCGCCGUGUUUGUAUAUGGACGGUGGGUUGGCGGCGGUUGUUACGGUGGCGCGUACGUGUGUUGAUGCCGUGCAUUUGUUUCAUGUGUUGUUGCAGUUUAAGUUGGCGUAUGUUUCGAGAGAAUCACUUGUUGUUGGGUGUGGGAAACUCGUGUGGGACGCGCGUGCCAUUGCUUCUCAUUAUCUUCGAUCUUUCAAAGGUUUUUGGUUUGAUGUUUUUGUUAUUCUUCCAGUGCCUCAGGCUGUGUUUUGGCUAGUAGUACCAAAAUUGAUAAGAGAAGAGAGGAUUAAAAUCAUUAUGACAACAAUGCUAUUGAUUUUUUUGUUCCAAUUUCUUCCUAAAGUUUAUCAUAGCAUAUGCAUGAUGAGAAGAAUGCAAAAAGUCACAGGCUACAUCUUUGGCACCAUUUGGUGGGGAUUUGGACUCAAUCUCAUUGCUUAUUUCAUUGCUUCUCAUGUUGCUGGAGGGUGUUGGUAUGUCCUUGCGAUUCAGCGCGUUGCGUCGUGUCUCCAACAGCAUUGUGAAAGAACUGUCGGAUGCAAUCUCUCUCUGUCAUGCUCGGAGGAGGUGUGCUAUCAGUCGAUAUUACCACCAGGAACCAUUGGAAAUCCAUGCGGCGGAAACACAACAAUGAUGAUGAGUAAGCCUCUGUGCUUAGAUGUUGCAGGACCUUUCAAAUAUGGGAUUUACCAAUGGGCACUUCCGGUUAUAUCAAGCAAUUCCUUGGCUGUUAAGAUUCUUUAUCCGAUUUUUUGGGGUUUGAUGACCCUCAGCACUUUUGGAAAUGAUCUUGAACCCACAAGUAAUUGGCUAGAAGUGAUUUUCAGCAUAUGCAUUGUUCUGAGUGGAUUACUACUUUUCACUUUAUUGAUCGGUAACAUUCAGGUAUUCUUACAUGCUGUCAUGGCAAAAAAGAGAAAGAUGCAGCUGAGAUGUCGUGACAUGGAAUGGUGGAUGAGGAGGAGGCAGUUGCCAUCCCGAUUAAGACAAAGAGUUCGACAUUUUGAACGUCAGAGAUGGGCGGCCAUGGGAGGAGAAGAUGAAAUGGAACUGAUCAAAGACUUGCCCGAGGGUCUAAGGAGAGACAUCAAGCGCUAUCUUUGCUUGGACCUCAUUAAAAAGGUACCAUUGUUUCACAACUUGGAUGAUCUUAUUCUUGACAACAUUUGUGACAGGGUGAAGCCCUUAGUCUUCUCUAAAGAUGAAAAGAUAAUUAGAGAAGGUGAUCCUGUACCGAGGAUGGUAUUCAUUGUUCGCGGACGCAUAAAGCGAAACCAAAGUCUAAGCAAAGGCAUCGUAGCAACUAGUGUCCUCGAACCAGGAGGAUUUUUAGGCGACGAACUACUUUCUUGGUGCCUAAGACGCCCUUUUAUCGACCGGCUUCCAGCCUCCUCAGCCACAUUUGUCUGUCUUGAAUCAACAGAAGCCUUCGGUCUUGAUGCUCAAAACCUGAGGUACAUAACCGAUCAUUUCCGGUACAAAUUCGCAAACGAGAGACUAAAGAGAACGGCGAGAUACUACUCGUCAAAUUGGAGAACAUGGGCUGCUGUCAACAUUCAACUUGCAUAUAGACGUUACAGGCAGAGGACUAGAGGUCCAGUGACUCCUGUACGGGACAACGGUAGCAGCGAGCGCAGGCUCUUGCAGUAUGCUGCAAUGUUCAUGUCAAUUAGGCCACAUGAUCAUCUUGAAUGA